AUGGCUCUCGCAAUGCAACCCAAAAAGAAACUCAAGAACCGAUCGACGCGGCGCUCUGCUUCGACCAGAGCCUUUGAGGAAGAGGACGAGGACAUGGCUAUCAUCAGUCGUCUCGAAAAGGAGCCCUGGCAACCUGAUCUCCUACUCGAGCGCCAAUCCGACAAGGCCUUCUCCCCAAACCCCUUUCUUUCCUCCUCCUCUACUACUACAACAACAGCAGCUGCUAUUUCUAACAAUAUCAAUGUGGCAACAGUAACCACAACAACAAACAACGGCCUAGAAGAGCCCUCAACCAACACAGAGUCGACGAUGGCGGGGGGGUUCCAAGGGGUGAUACCAGUCAUUAUCAAAUCGCCUUCCUCAGUCAUCACGACCGCAGACUCUGACUGUGUCGAGUCCAUCUUUGAGGACCAUUCCUCAAAGAUCCCAGGCAUAGAAGAAUAUCUCCAACAGACCCACCAAGAGCAACUUCUCCUGCAGCAGCAACGAUUACAGCAACAACAGGAGGUGCAGCUGCAGCUGCAAUACCAAUUGCCUGCCCAUCUCGUCCAUCAGAACAAAAUCAACAACAUCAACGCCACUGCCGUCCAUAAUGCGGCCACGAUUAAUAAUAACAGCAGUAGUGCCUACACCAAUAGCACUAAUAACAACACAAGGAGACAGACUUCCCAACAGUACCGAAACUCAUUUCAUGGUCAUUCGGCCCCUUUUCUCGGUCUGGAUGAACAUCGAUCCAGCCUGACAUCCCGACCUCUCUCGACUCACGAGCCCCAGGCGAGGAGUGAGUCGCCUUUGAGCAAGGUCGUGACCGAUAACGAGGAUGUCAUCGAGUCUCUCCAAUCCCUCAAGAACCUUGCUAUGCUAGCCCUGGAUGGCCUGCUCCAACAAGUCGUCUCAGAUGUGACAGCAAGCGACCCCGUCUACAAUGCGGAUGAGACUACGCUUCAAGCCCGAGCGAUGAUUCGACGAAAGUCCCUCCCACUCCUGCGAUCGGAGGACAACCAGGGAGGCCUCAGGACCCCUGAGCAUGAGCAAGAACAACAGUCCCUCUCCUAUCUCAAGGGGGACUCUCAGCCGCAGGAGGCUUCGACGCGCAGGACGACUGUGAGAAUGUCCCUCUCUGAUACGCCUAUCGCUGGAAUGGCCGCAUCUUCCUUGGAGAGAUUGGACGAACUCUCACGCAAGGUCGACCAACUCACUGUGGUUACGAACACCACAGACAGUAGCAACUCCUCCUUGUCCCACCUCAGAGCGCAGAAUGUCCUCCACGAGCCCCUUGAUAUCCCAAGCAACAGCAGCCGUGACCCAUCUACCUUAUCGUCGUCUCCCCACCAUCGCCAGCAACAAAACGAGUCUAGACAGUACACACACCAUCAAUCAGCGUCCCCCUCACAGUUCCAUCCUUCUCAAAUCUUUGAGAGUCAAGAAUACCAAUUGGCCUGUGCACUCGCGGCUCUGCUUGCUUGCAUCUAUCGGAUCUUGAACACGAUGCAAGAACCUCGUCUCCCCGUCCGCACCGAAUCUGCUGACUCGGGGCUUGAUCAAGCCUCUCGUCUCUGGAAGCGACUGUCGUCCAACUCCUUUGUCCGGAACCCCCUCCGCGCCUCUCAAAGUAACCAGAGCAACCUCCGAGAGCACGUCAACAACGGCGAUAGUAACCAUGUGGGCUCCUCUCUCCCCUCGUCUCCUGAAAAGAAGACGUUGACUCAUUCUGAGAGCGCUACUGGCGGAUUCAUCCAAUCCAUUAACCGGCAGGUUCGCAUUAUGAAGAGUCGGAGGACUCAGUCGACUUCCCAGAUUGAAGUCCAGAAAACCACUUACAGCGACCUUGGCAAGCGUCCUGUGAGGUCGAUGGGCGGAUCCAAUCUUCAUCCUGAGAAUGCCGCGCAGUCUGAGAAGGCCAAGAACCUGGAACGUGAAUGGGGUGAGCUGGACAAGCUUAUGGAUGAGAUGUCGUUCCUUUGGCAAGCGGUGGGCAGUCUGGAGGAUGGGGAUGGAGUAGAUACCGACAGCCAGUCGGAUGAAGAGAGAGACCGUAGGCACGUUUCAGUCGCCAACCCCUUUGACAACAGCCGCGCGACCAGGCAACAACAAAGAACGUCCACCGUUUCUACUUGGACGCCUAUGACCCCAGCACCCGAUUUCGACCAGCAGACUUUGGACAUGGCCGCUUUGGACGAUCUUCCCAAGUACGACGAUGUUGCCCCCCAGUACCGGAUAUACGAAAAGUCUGACCAGGCCACCACUCCUGCCGAAGAUAGUCAUGCCAAGGGAGGAAUGUUGCGUGUGGCCAAUCGUACAAGUCGAUCCAACAUGUCGUCCGGUCUUGAUGAUGAGAAGACGCGCAUCGACUUGAACAAUGUCAUGGGUGCGAUCGAGCGUCUCUCUAGGGUGGCUCCCCGGAUGGACAACCAGCGCGUACAAAUGUCGCCUACCCAGAAGAAGCAGAUGGCACAGGCCAACGUUUCUAGCACAAUCGACCAGAUCUCUAAGUACCAGUGGGGUGAGAGGGCCGGGUCGUCUUCCUCAUCAGCAGUCCGUCGCCAGACAGCCGCUGUCGAUCCUAUCCCGGCAGAGAAGAGCCGCGACCUGAACAAGUUGAUGAACCAAAUUGCAGAGUCUGCCAAGGCUGGUUUCACAACUCAACGAGCUGAAUUCUCUCCACGGCAGCAGUGGAAGCUUGAGGGAGCGCGGAUCGGUGACAAGAUUGAGCGUGGAGAGAAGAUGCGUCUCAAAGACCAGGACUGGCAAUCGCCCGAGUCGGUUCUGAUCAAGGACAUGACUCGCUUGACGAAUGCCCUGUACCAACAGACGGCGUCAACAGAGGCCUUUGAGACACAGCGGUACACGAUGACGGAGGACAAGGCCCGCAACAUGGCAUUGCAGGGGAUCCUCAGCAAGAUCGAACGCGUGUCUGGCCGAAGGAUGGGUAACCAGGACGCACUCCCUCCAGCCGCCAAAUCCAAGCCAAACUCUACGUCUUCUUCCUCUUCGUCGUCUGAGAGCAAGCAUAAGGAGGAGAGUAGUAGGGCGAAAGAGCUCCAGGAGAUGAUCGACCAGGUUGUAGGGGGUGGUGGUGGACCCAAACGGCGGACUGCCAUGGCCUCUCAGCGCGCCGGGUUUAACCCUCCUGUCCCCCGGUCGUAA